AGGGCUCCCUACAUACAUGAUCACACGAUGAUCGAUGGAUCGUCAUGUGUUGUGUGUUGUCUCACAAAAGUUUUCCGUGACCAUACAUGUCCUCCACACUUAUACCCUAUAUCUGGAUAGAUGCGCCGGCUUCCCUCGAGGGACGGUGCGAGUUUUUGACCUAACGCACGGCAAUAUCACCAUCCAGAUAUCACAAACACCGCAAAUGUGGUUCCGCCCUAUUCCCCUCAUCGUCAUCAAGGAUGAGGAUCUUACAUACCACGGGAAGAUACUAAGUGUCAGGUAUGAAGAAGGGCGACUUCGAGCAAUUCACGCGACGGUGUGCAUCUGCGAGCACCGGGGCCGGCCAAGGGUAAGGCCCAACUUGAUCAUGCCAGACCGAAGAUAAAGAGGAGAUUGCCAACACCAGCUAGCUUCCUAGCGACACACUUCGCCCGAGAAUCCAGACAAGUCAUUGAGUCCAAAGGUCGGACUAUGACAACGGAUAGGCUAUGGAGUGGGGAAUAUCUCCACGGCCGCCGUAGAGCUGGGAGAGUCUUGCCUCUAUGAAGGAUAUGUGUUGGGCGGGUGGAUGGAUGCUAUCUAGCAGAGAUUGGGGAGAAUGGAUGGAGGGAGUCACGAUCAAAGCAGGGAGUCGAGAGUGGUCGAGUCAUACGUGAGAAAGGUCGAGAUUAGUAUGGUGCUCGUCUUGGGUUAUACUUCAACCGUAUACUUCAAUACGCCAUUCAAAGGUCCUGGGCUAUCAGUCCACGAGAAUCAACUUAGUCCUUAAACGCAGCUGCCC